AUGGAUUUGCAUAAAUUUUAGCAUUUUAUUUUAGAACUAGAUUUCAAUAAAAUAUUAGAAUAAUCAAAAAUUAAUUAACUAGAAGUGCCAAAAGAUGAAUAAAUUGAGUCUGAUUUUUUAUGUAAAGUACCUAUAUCAUUUGGUGAUGAAAAUGAAUAUUAAAAAAUUUGGAAACCACUUUUUUAUGAAGAAGUUAAAGCAAAUAUUGUUAAAUCAUUCUAAACUGAAGUAUUUUAUAAUCAUUAUAUUUUAGACAUAUCCUGAUGUAGAAUAUAAGUUUGAAAAACAUAAAAAAGAUGAAUUCACCAAAUUAGAUUUCUAACUAAUUGGAUAAAAAGAUCAAUUAAAUUUUAGAGAUCUAGUCUUAAUAUCAUGCACUCCUUAUUAAUAAGGUGAUUAAUGUUUAUUGGGUCUUAUAGAAAAUAAUUAAGAUAUUGUUAGAGUAAAUGUUUAGAAUAAUUUUGAACCUAUAGGAGCUCUAUUUGAAAAAAAUAUGAUAAUAAAUUAGUAAAAUCCUAAUUAAAAAUCCCUCAAAAACUUUUUUAUUAGAAAAGUAACUGGUUUAUCUACAUUAGAAAGAGAAUUUAGAGCUCUUCAUAAAUUUGGUGAUUUGAUGCUUAAAUCAAUUCUUUUAUCAUUAGAUACUUAACCAAAAGUGAAUUCAUAUUUCACUAUCCCAUAUAAACUUGAUUAGAAAUUGCAUUCUAUUUAUAAUUCAAGUUAAUAUGAAGCAAUAUAGUAAACAUUAAAAACACAUGGAAUCACUUUAAUUUAAGGACCUCCAGGGACAGGUAAAACUAAAACUGUUCUUGGUACUCUAAGUGUGUUAUUACAAUCUAAAUAAGAAAGACCUGAUUUAAAUUUAGUAUAAAAAACAAGUUUAGAAGUAGAAUAAGAAUAUAAUCAAGAAUUUCCUUAACCUUGGAAAUCGUCAAAUUAUGAUGAUUGGAGAGAUCAUAUCUUUGAUGAUGUAGAAUAAGAUAUAUCAAAUUAUUUUACAAAUAGACUUUCAGAUUUCUAAAAAGAGAAACCAACACCAAUUUACAAAAGUGAUUAUUCUUAAGCUAAAAUUCCUAAUAAGAUUUUAGUAUGUGGUCCUUCAAAUGCUUCUGUAGAUGAAAUAAUAAGAAAGGUUUUAGAGGAAGGACUUUUAGAUGAGAAUGGUUAGAGAUCUGAUGUACCAAUAGUAAGAAUAGGUGAAAAUUUUGAUCCUACCUUAUCAAAAGUUUCAUUAGAAUGUUUAGUUUAAUAAAGAAUUUAUGAAUAAUAAAAUUAAGAUACAGACAAAGUUAAAAAAGAAAUUUUAAAUUAAGCCAAAGUAAUUUUUGGAACUCUUUCAUCAAGUGGUUCUAAUGUACUUGCAUAAUCUGAAUUGAAAUUUGACACAGUCAUAAUUGAUGAAGCAGCAUAAGCUGUAGAAAUAUCAACAUUAAUACCUUUAUAAUAUGGAUGCAGAAGAUUAAUAUUAAUAGGUGAUCCUAAUUAAUUACCUGCAACUAUUUUUAGUUCUAUUUGUGGAAAAUAUAAAUAUGAUUAAAGUUUAUUUGAAAGGUUAUAAAAACAAGGAGCAAAUGUUCAUUUACUAAAAGUAUUAUAUAUAUUAUAUUAUAGACUUAAUAUCGUAUGCAUGCUAAAAUCUCUAAAUUCAUAUCAACAACAUUUUAUGGAAGUGAAUUAAAUGAUUAUGAACAUUUGGAACGAUUAAUAGGAACACCAAAAUUUUAUGAUUAUUAUACAUAUAGUCCUGUUGUUAUUUUACAUGUUAAAGGUUAUGAGAAUUUUACUAGAAAUUCUUAUUGCAAUGAAAUGGAAGCCAAAGUAGUUUCAGAACUAUAUAAGGAUAUGAAAAAUAAAUUUCCUAAUUUCAAUAUGAAUAAUUUAGGAAUUGUUAGUCCUUAUAGUCAGUAAGUAUGGUUAAUUAAUAAAUAAUUAAAAAAAUUGAAUGAAGAUAAUGUUGAAGUUAAAACUGUCGAUGGAUUUUAAGGAAGAGAAAAAGAUGUUAUUAUUUUCUCAAGUGUUAGAUCCAAGUUUAUUAGUGAAAAUGUAAAAAAUCCAAAAAAAGGAGUAGGAUUUCUGAGUGAUGCAAGAAGAAUGAAUGUAAGUUUAUCAAGAUGCAGAUAAUCCUUAAUAGUUGUAUGUGAUAUCUAUAAAAUAUCAUGUAAUGAAAGAUGGAGAAGUUUGAUCAACUAUAGUAUUUAAUUAGGUUCAUGUUACAGAGUAGAAACAGAAGAUAUAUCUGAAUGGUUUUAAUCAUUCGAUUAAGAUCCUCUUAGAUAUUCUAUUAUUAAUGAAAUAACUUUUAAGAAAAAAGUGAAACCUGAAUUGGUGAAAACAUGA